AUGGCCAUUGCCAUGGGCUGGCAGAAACCCGACAAUGUCGCGGGCUCGUCGGCGCCGGCCAUCAUGGUCGGUCUCUUCGUUGCCUCUGGCGGGUUACUGUUCGGCUACGAUACUGGAGCCAUAAACGGUAUCCUUGCCAUGACAGAGUUCAAGGAACAGUUCGGAAAACACACAAAUUGCGUCGAUGAAAACGGCGCCGUCGACAUUUGCACAAAAGACUCAUCCAUCAUUGUCGCUAUUCUAAGUGCUGGCACUGCCCUUGGUGCUCUACUCGCCGCACCUACCGGCGACUCACUAGGUCGUCGCAAGACUCUACUUCUGGCCGUCGCCAUCUUUUGCGUCGGUGCCAUCUUCCAAGUUGCUGCUAAUAAUAUUGACUUGUUGCUGGUUGGAAGAUUCUUUGCUGGUGUAGGUGUCGGUCUCAUCUCUGUCCUCGUCCCAUUGUAUCAGUCUGAAAUGGCGCCCAAAUGGAUAAGAGGCACUCUUGUCUGCGCCUAUCAAUUAUCAAUAACCUUUGGUCUCCUUGCCGCCUCUAUUGUCAACAUUCUCGCCUCUAAACUUAACAACUCAUCUGCAUACCGCAUCCCCCUUGGCCUUCAAAUCGUCCCAGCCAUCAUUCUCACCGGAGGUCUAUUACUGCUACCAGAAACACCUCGCUUUCUUGUUAAAAAGGGCUUGCAUGAAGCCGCCGGCCUAUCACUUAGUCGGCUACGACGACUCGACAUCACCCAUCCGGCACUCGUUGAUGAAUUGCAAGAGAUGAUUGCCAACCAUCAAUACGAACUAACAUUAGGUCCGGACAGCUACAAACAACUUUUUAUCGGCUCACCACAUCUUGGUCGACGAAUGUUUACUGGAUGCGGACUCCAAAUGCUUCAACAACUUACCGGUAUCAACUUUAUAAUGUAUUACAGCACAUCGUUCUUUGACGGCGCCGGCGUUGAAAGCCCUUACACCAAGUCACUUAUCAUCAACAUUAUCAAUGUUGUAUCGACAAUACCAGGUCUAUUGGUCAUCGAGAAAUGGGGCCGACGAAGACUUUUGAUGAUAGGAGCCCUUGGUAUGGCUGGUUGCCAACUUCUCAUGGCAUCAUUCGAUACUGCGACAGGACAAAGCUAUGAGAAGGCGUCACAAACCAUCCUCAUCGCCUUUUGUGCCAUCAACAUUUUCUUUUUCGCUGCAUCUUGGGGUCCCGUGGUCUGGGUCGUCACUUCUGAAAUUUACCCUCUAAAGGUCCGAGCAAAGGCCAUGUCCGUUUCAACAGCAUCAAACUGGCUUCUCAACUUUGCCAUUGCUUACUGCGCCCCUUACUUGGUCGGCACAGGACCGGGCAACGCCUCCUUUGGUCCAAAAAUCUUCUUUAUCUGGGGCGCCUUUUGCAUUCUGGCCGUUUUCUUUGUGUGGUGCAUGGUGUACGAGACGAGCAAGAUCAGCCUGGAACAGAUCGACGAAAUGUACGAGCGUGUGAACCAUGCAUGGAACAGUAAAUCAUUCGAACCGAGCUGGAGUUUCCAGCAGAUGCUCAAUGAUGGAUGGUCGCCAAGCGCUCAACCUCCAGCUGAUCACGAGCUUCAAACGACAACAAGCGCAUCAAGCGCAGAUACAACUUUGGGUGACGGCGAUGCGUCUUCCAUAACCGUUAGCCAGAGCAACAACAACAGUUCAUCGCCUAAUAACAACAAUGACCAGAACAAAGGUCCACCGGCCAUGUCAAUGGCCAAUGUUGACUUCAGCUACUAGGCUUCGAGCCGUCGAAUUGUUUGUUUGUCUAUAUUGCGUGUCUUUCACCCUCAACGUCACAUAGGGAAUCAGCGAUGGAGUUCACGACGAAGUGGAGUUUGUGGGGUUUACGCGUUAAUGUGUUUUAUAUUAUAUGGUUUCUUUGUUUUCUAACCCAUGUCACAUGGGUCAUAUCACCCCCCGCUUGGGGUCAUGGGACUGUUCGGUACCGGGGAUUUGGGUAGGAUACCACUCUUGGCUCUUGGACUUAUAUCAUGAUUUAUAAUUCUUUCAAGGAGUCAAGUGUCUUUAUGUCGUUGAUGAAUGGAUGCCCGGAUACCCUGUGGGCAGCGGCUAAUUGUCAAGCGAAGCGAGGUGAAGGCGCAUGGCCAUGGAUUUUCUUGGGUAACAGAAAGGACAGUGCAUUGUCAAUCUGAUUGCUAUUUGGCUUCGAAUUCUAAUCCUAUCAUAUCUC